AUGUCUGUAUCUAUCGAUUUGUCAUUCUAUCUAUCUAUAUAUCUGCUCGUAUCUAUCUAUCUAUCUAUCUAUUUGAGUAUCUGUCUGUCUUUCUGUCUCCUGUUCAUAUCUAUCUAUCUAUCUAUCUAUCUAUCUAUCUAUCUAUCUAUUUAUCUACCUAUCUAUCUAUUUAUCUAUCUAUGGUUGUUCAUAUCUGUCUAUACUUGUUCUAUCUAUCUAUCGAUCCAUCUAUCAAUCUAUGGUUAUUCAUAUAUAUCUAUGCUUGUUCUAUGUAAAUAUCUAUCUUUCUAUCUAUCUAUCUAUCUAUCUAUCUAUCUAUCUAUCUAUCUGUGGUUGUUCAUAUCUAUGUAUGCUUGUUAUAUCUAUCUAUCUAUCGUUGAUCAUAUCUAUCUAUGCGUGUUCUAUAUAUCUAUGUAUCUAUCUAUAUAUCUAUCGAUCCUUCUAUCUAUGUAUCGAUGUUCAUACCUAUCUAUGCUUAUUCUAUCUAUCUAUCUAACUAUCUAUCUAUCUAUGGUUGCGCAUAUCUAUCUACUCUUGUUAUAUCUAUCUAACUAUCAAUGGUUGUUCAUAUCUAUCUAUGCUUGUUCUAUCUAUCUAUCUAAUGAUCUAUCUAUCUAUCUAUCUAUCUAUAGUUGCUCAUAUCUAUCUAUGCCUUUUCUAUCUAUCUAUCUAUAUAUCUAUGAUGUUCAUAUCUAUCUAUCCUUUUCUAUCUAUCUAUCUAUCUAUCUAUCUAUCUAUCUAUGGCUUGUUAUAUCUAUCUAUCUAUCUAUGGUUGAUCAUAUCUAUCUAUGCUUGUUCUAUAUAUCUAUGUAUCUAUGUAUAUAUCUAUCGAUCCUUCUAUCUAUGUAUCGAUGUUCAUACCUAUCUAUGCUUAUUCUAUCUAUCUAUCUAUCUAUCUAUGGUUGCGCAUAUUCAUCUACGCUUGUUUUAUCUAUCUAUCUAUGGUUGUUCAUAUCAAUCUAUGCCUUUUCUAUCUAUCUAUCUAUCUAUCUAUCUAUCUAUGAUGUUCAUAUCUAUCUAUGCUUGUUCAAUCUAACUAUCUAUCUAUAUAUCUAUAGUUGUUCAUAUCUAUCUAUGCUUAGAGAGAGAGAGAGAGAGAGAGAGAGAGAGUUGUUCAUAUUUAUCUAUUCUUGCUCUAUCUAUCUAUCAAUCUAUCGAUCUAUCUAUCAAUCUAUUGAUCUUUCUAUAUAUCUAUCUAUGGUUGUUCAUGUCUAUCUAUGCCAUUCCUAUCUAUCUAUCUAUCUAUCUAUCUAUCUAUCUAUCUAUCUAUCUAUGUUGUUCAUAACUAUCUAUGCUUGUUCUAUCUAUCUAUAUAUCUCUCUAUGGUUUUUAAUAUUUAUGCUUGUUAUAUCUAUCUGUCGAUCGAUCUGUCUAUCUAUCUAUCUGUGGUUGUUCAUAUCUAUCUAUGCUUCUUCUAUCUAUCUAUCUAUCUAUCUAUCUAUCUAUCUAUGGUUGUUCAUAUCUAUCUAUCUAUGGUUGUUCAUAUCUAUUUAUGCUUGUUCUAUCUACCUAUCUAUCUUGCUUCUACACAUGCAUGCAACCGUCGGAUCAAUGACUGGCGGGCUCUUUCAUAUGGUUCUUCAUAUCUAUCUAUGCUUGUUCUAUCUAUCUAUCUAUCUAUCUAUCGUUCCCAUAACACUAUAUAUCUAUAUAUAUCUAUAUCUAUCUAUGCUUGUUCUAUCUAUCUAUCUAUCUAUCUAUCUAUCUAUCUAUCUAUUUAUCUAUCUAUCUAUGGUUGAUCAUAUCUAUGUAUGCUUGUUCUAUCUAUCUAUCUAUCUAUAUCUAUCUAUCUAUCUAUCGUCGUUCAUAUCUAUCUAUGCUUGUUCUAUCUAUCGAUCGAUCUAUCUAUCUAUCGAUCUGUGA